AUGAAGGCUGAUUCGUCCAUGAAAUAUGGCUUCCAUCUUUUAACAUUAGAGAAAUUUUGGAUCAAAGGAUUGCCUAUUAAUUCGACACUUGCCUCUUUUGCUUUGCGAAUACUAGUUCCUUGCUUUUCUGCUCUAGCUUUAAUUAAAACUAAACAGCGAAAUCGUCUUGAUGUCGAUAGCGACCUGAUGAUAGCUCUAGCAAAAACAGAACCUAGAAUUAACCAACUGGUGCAGAACAUGCAAUCUCAAGUGUCCCAUUAG